ACGAAGUUGUUACGACCAAACCUCUCUGAAUUAAGAAAAAAGUUGAGGUUAGGUCAGAUCAGUUCUAAAGGGUUGAACCCAAAACAGCGGUUCAACCCCCUAUCAAAAUAACAUACUUUUUUUUUUCAUAAAAAAAAUAUAAAAUACCCAUCAAAAUGAAGGGAUAUUGUUUCUUCUUGUUUGUGGUUACUCUUGCAGCGAUAAUUCCCGCAUCGGUUGGUCACAUUGCUGAGUUCGAUGAGGUGUGGCGGAGGCGAGCAACUGAAGCCUGGGAAAAUGCCCAAAAGGCUUAUGAGCCCAAUCCACAUAACAUUUCAGCUACCUUGAAUUUCGAAGUUCGAAGGACACUAGUAGAAGCGAACGAUUUGACGGCAUCAAUGGAGAACAGCACAACGAGGCAUCUUCUGGGUUCAAAAAAGUACCACGGGCCGUGUAAUGCCACAAAUCCGAUCGACCGUUGCUGGCGUUGCCACGCCGAUUGGGCUACCAACCGGAAGAGGUUAGCGGAUUGCGGAAUGGGGUUUGGGUACAAAACCAAAGGCGGCAAGAACGGGCAGUUCUACACCGUUACCGACAGCUCCGAUGAUCCAAAAAACCCCAAACAGGGAACCCUCCGAUACGGGGUCAUUCAAAAGAAAGCGUUGUGGAUAAUCUUCGGACGUGACAUGACCAUCAGGCUCCACCAGGAGAUGAUCAUGCAAGGUGAUAAGACGAUCGAUGGGCGUGGGGCCCAAGUCCACAUUAUUGGUGGGGCGGGGAUAACCAUUCAGUUCGUGAAGAACGUGAUCAUCCACGGGAUCCACAUCCGCGACAUCGUGGAAGGUAAUGGUGGCAUGAUACGAGAUGCCAUCGACCACUUUGGACUGCGAACCAAGAGCGACGGCGACGGCAUCUCCAUCUUCGGUUCUUCCAAUGUUUGGAUCGACCAUGUGUCCAUGAAGAACUGUUACGACGGGCUUAUUGAUGCGAUCGAAGCAUCCACGGCCAUCACAAUUUCGAAUAGCCACUUCACGGAUCAUAAUGAUGUGAUGCUGUUCGGUGCGAAUGAUUUUUCCCCCAAAGAUGAGGUGAUGCAAGUCACCAUUGCAUUCAACCACUUCGGGAAGAGAUUGGUGCAGAGGAUGCCGAGAUGCCGGUACGGAUACAUCCAUGUGGUGAACAACGAUUACACACACUGGAACAUGUACGCCAUUGGAGGGAGUGCUCACCCCACCAUCAUUAGUCAGGGCAACCGAUUCAUCGCUCCUCUUGACAUACACAAAAGAGAGAUAACUCAUAGAGCUGCGGGGACUCCUGCAGAAUGGAAGCAGUGGACAUGGAGAUCACAGGGAGAUAUAUUUAUGAACGGAGCUUUCUUUGUCCAGUCGGGAGAUCCAAAUUUCAUGUCAAAGCACAAUGAAUUGUACGAUGGGGUACAGACAUUCAAGGCUGAGGAAGUGACUUGGCUUACUAGGUUCGCAGGGGCGCUUACUUGCAGGCAAGGAUCGGCCUGUUAGAUUGCAUGCCUUCAAUUCCUUAGCUUGCAGCACAGCAAGCUAAGCAGCGCAUUAUUUUAUUAUUAUUCACACUUCUCUUAGUGUUUCUUUGUUUGUACAAUUGUUUAUUGGGAUGUCCCAUCCCAUAUCUUUGAAUUUUGCUUCAUAAAA